UUUAGUGAAAAAAUAAGUGGCGUUGAAGGAACGAAACUAGAUGAUGAAUUUCUCGACAUGGAAAAGAAAAUAGAUAUUACCAAUAAAGCUGUUGCAGAAAUUCUUUCAAAAGCGACAGAAUAUCUUCAGCCAAAUCCAGCAUACAGAGCUAAGCUGGGAAUGCUCAACACUGUGUCGAAGAUCCGAGGGCAGGUGAAAACCACCGGGUACCCACAGACAGAAGGCUUGCUGGGUGACUGCAUGCUGAAAUAUGGGAAGGAGCUCGGGGAACAGUCCACAUUUGAUAAUGAUACGUACAAGAGAAAUGUCCCUAUGUUUGUGAAAGGCGAUCUGCACCACCUGAAAAAGCUGGAAGGCCGACGUCUGGAUUACGAUUAUAAAAAGAAGCGAGUAGGUAAGAUACCAGAUGAAGAAGUCAGACAAGCGGUAGAAAAAUUUGAAGAGUCAAAGGAGUUGGCUGAAAGAAGCAUGUUUAAUUUUUUAGAAAAUGAUGUAGAACAAGUCAGCCAGUUGGCCGUGUUUAUAGAGGCAGCGUUAGACUAUCACAGACAGUCCGCAGAGAUUCUGCUGGAGCUGCAGAGCAAGCUGCAGAUUCGAAUAGCAGCUGCAUCUGACCUCCCCAAGCGAGAAUACCAUCGAAGGCACAUAAAAAGGAGUCCUAGUGAGCUCAAUGGAAUUUCUGCCACUUCAAUAAACACAGCAACAGGUUCUAACAUUCCUGAUCAACCCUGUUGUCGUGGUCUCUAUGACUUUGAGCCAGAAAACCAAGGAGAACUAGGAUUUAAAGAAGGGGACAUCAUUACUCUGACUAAUCAAAUAGAUGAAAAUUGGUAUGAAGGAAUGCUACACGGAGAAUCUGGAUUCUUCCCCAUUAAUUAUGUUGAAGUGAUUGUGCCUUUACCUCAGUAA